AUGCCAGACUUGGUAGAACAAUGCCCUCUCCCGGAGCUCGCAGAGGCUCUAGGGCCAUAUAUCAGGUCGCGCGAAGAGGUCAACAAAAUUCGAAGGGGCAUCGAUUCUCUCUUGACUCAAUUUGUCCAUGAUGAAAAUGUUCCUAUAUCCAAGGCAACCUUAUCUGUCGCGGAGACAUCUGCACAGUCUGCAAUCAAUAUUCCGUUCAACGGUGUAAGAAGAGCGUUCAUGCAGGCUCUCAUCGCACGACAAAAAGCACAAUCACAAUACGAUGCUCUGAAAGCAGAACUUGGUCUUCUACAAAGUCCGGUCGACAAACGGGAGACUACUAAGAUGAAAGACAGCCCAGUCGCCGAUACCGUUGCGCUCAUUCGACAGAGACAACGAAGAGACAAACUUCUGGUCAUUGACAAGGCACUGGACAAUCUGGAAAAGGCCAGGCACAGUUCACGAUAUGCGGAUCCAAGCGAGCUUUUGAAUGGUAUGCAAGCUCAGAUACCACCACCUCAUACACAACAAUCUCAGGACGAAUCUUUGGCGGAGGCCCAGUCUCAUAUCUUCGAACUACAGAAAGCCGUGCUGCGCGCGCAGAGCAACAUCCAAUCGAAACCACAUAUCAAUCAUGCUAAAGACACCAAUCUGGAAGACUGGAAGCGGGCAUAUGCCCUUCGACGAGCUCGAGAUGACUUGAUUGCAUGGAUUGAAGGCGAGCUUGCAAAGUUGUCAGAGGACGAAGACCACACGGACCCUGAUCUGGAAAUAACAGCAGAUACCGGAGCAGAGGAGUCUCUGGAAGACAUCAAAACCACCCUGCAGAAUCCCUACGACAAGUACAUCAAUUCGCGACAGCAUUUGCUUCGCGUUCUCAGCCCCGACUCUCAGGCCAAACCAGGCGGCAUCGAACCUGUUCCAGACGGACAACAAUCAGCGAACAGUGACGCGCAGUCGAGCAAUACUGGACUUGCUUCGAGAAUCCUUCCAUUCAUAGAGAUUCUUCGAUCCACUGCACAAGAUGAAGCAGCCUUGAUGCAACACACUUCAUAUCUACGACGACAGGUCACUGCCGUUUCUGCCGAGACAGAGCAAUUGUUGGUUCGCCUUUCGGAUGAGAGUCACAUGGUCAGACCGGGUACAUCGCACACUGCCUCGUGGGCGGAAGCAGCAAAGAAUGCCAGAAUUAGAGAUGCAGACAUUGUCAAUCCUCACUUAGAUAUAGGAGAAACAAGCAUCGGUAGUGUUCGGGAGAUUCUAGCUUCGGCACAAAUGAGCAGGUAA